GCAGUGUCUUUCCUUUGCAGACCCCAUAUCAUGUCAACCUCCUCCUGGCUGGCUAUGAUGAGCAUGAAGGUCCAGCGCUCUACUACAUGGACUACCUGGCAGCCUUGGCAAAAGCCCCUUUUGCAGCCCACGGCUAUGGUGCCUUCCUGACUCUCAGUAUCCUGGACCGGUAUUACACACCAACUAUCUCACGUGAGAAGGCAGUGGAGCUUCUUAGGAAAUGUCUGGAGGAGCUCCAGAAACGCUUCAUUCUGAAUCUGCCAGCCUUCAGUGUUCGAAUCAUUGACAAGAAUGGCAUCCACGACCUGGACAACAUUUCCUUCCCUAAACAGGGCUCCUAACGUCAUGCCCUCCCUCCCACUUGCCAGGGAACUUUUUUUGAUGGGCUCCUUUAUUUUUUUCUACUCUUUUGAUGUGUGCUCUCCGUAGAUGGUUAUUUCAGAAUAAAGCUGACUAUGGAUAAAUUGA